AGAAAUCGUUUUCUGACUGAAAGAAGCUACAUUCAAGAACGCGCGUACAAUUUUUUCCUAAGUCAUUUAAUCUUUGUAAGGUGCAGUGUGUAUUAUUUUGGAAGAGAGGAAGGCAAAAGUGGUAGACAGCUAAAGGAUAAGACGUAAAGGACCCACAUAGCUACGUUGCUAUAGAAACACCUCAGUUCCAUACCUGUGUCGUCGGUUACGGUUAUUUCAUUUUUGUGAGAUUAUAAAUGUACUUUGGACAUUAACAAAACUAACUUAAGAAGAAUGGAAGAAGGCCAACUGGGAGCCACAAGUCUUCCUUUAAAAACUCGAUAUUCUGAGGUGACUGUGUCAGUGACAGGCGAACCACCUAGUGUUGUAGAAGAGGAAGAAACAGCCAAAGAAGCAGACAUAGAUACCAUCCCAGAAGUCAUAGAGCCACUGUCCAUUCUAGAUAUGCUGAGGAUCUCUGCAGUUCUGGAGGAUACCACAGACCAGCUCUCUAUUCUAAACUAUAUUAUGCCAGUUCAGUAUGAAAGAAGACAAAGUACCCUCACGCUGGAGAUUGUUGGAGAAAGCGGCAGCUGCCCCAGGAGAGGUGACCACGACGAUGGAGCUGUCUCACAGAGCCAGGACCAGUGGGAGCGCGUUACCCACUGGCGCUGCGGUGACCACUCACGUUCCGCCAGCUCGUUGCCUGUUUCCCUGCACUGCUGUGGCCUGCGCAGAACCAUGGCUCUGCUCCUAGUGCUCCUGUCCUUGGUGGCCGGUGUGUUGGGGAAUGAGUUUAGUAUACUAAGAUCACCAGAGUAUGUUGUUUUCCGCAACGGAAAUUGGCCUAUACCAGGAGAGCGAAUCCCAGAUGUCACUGCAUUAGCCAUGGGCUUCUCUGUGAAAGAAGACCUUUCUUGGCCUGGACUUGCGGUUGGUAACCUAUUCCGUCGUCCUCAAGCUACCAUUCUGGUGACAGUGAAGGGAAUGGCCAAACUCACUCUACCUCCAGGCAGUGCCAUUUCGUAUCCUUUGGAGGAUGAAGUUCCUUUUAGUCUGGACAGUGUUGCAGAUUCCAUUCACUCCUUAUUUUCUGAAGAAACACCUAUAGUUUUGCAGAUGGCUCCCAGUGAGGAAAGAGUAUAUAUGAUGGGGAAGGCAAAUUCAGUUUUUGAAGAUCUUUCGGUCACAUUAGCACAGCUCCACAAUCGCCUGUUUCAAGAAAACUCUGUUCUUAAUUCACUUCCCCUCAGUUCCCUAAGUGGGAACAAUGAGGUUGAUCUGCUCUUUUUUUCUGAACUGCAAGUUCUAUGUGAUAUUUCAGGUUUGUUGUCUCAACAUAAGCAUCUAGCCAAGGAUCAUUCUCCUGAUUUAUAUGCACUGGAACUGGCAGGUUUGGAUGAAAUUGGGAAACAUUACGGAGAAGGUUCUGAACAAUUCAGAGAUGCUUCUAAGGUCCUUCUUGAUAUUCUGCAAAAGUUUGCAGACGACAUGUAUAAUCUUUAUGAUGGGAAUGCAUUGGUAGAGCUAGUGACUGUCAGAUCAGCUGACAUAUCCUUUGUGAGGAAGACAAGGACUAUCCUUGAAGCAAAACAAGAAGAGAGCUCACCAAGUCCUUAUAAACUUGCAUAUAAGUAUAAUUUUGAGUAUCCAGUGAUUUUCAACAUGAUACUUUGGAUCAUGAUCACCUUGGCUUUGGCUGUGAUUAUUGUCUCUUACAAUAUUUGGAACAUGGAUCCUGGAUAUGAUAGCAUCAUUUAUAGGAUGACAAAACAGAAGAUGCAAAUAGAUUGAACUUUCCUAACGCCAAAAUUAGUAAAAGGGUUUGGAAAUUAGCUGUUUUGUGAAAAUAAAUUGUUUAAGUGUAAUUUCAAGUAGUAUACUUUAAAUUUUUAAAAAAACAAAUUUUGUUUUCUAUUUUGUAUGUGCCUGUGAAGUUGUUUUUGAGUAAAGUAUGGUAUUGACAUGAAUUGAUUUAUGUGAUAGAUUCCAUAAUCUGCUAAAUAUAAUAUAAACAUUAAUUACAAUUUCAUUCCAUUUAGUAUUUGAAAAUAAUGCACUGAUAUAAAUGUAAAACACUUAGAAUAGCUUGUGUUACUUAUGUUGAGAAAACGCACUUAAUUUAUUAGAGACACUUAUGAAUGCUUAACUCCCUUACACAGGAUAGGUGAAAAUGAUAUUUGGGUUGUCAUAUCUGUGAACCAUUGUAAAUGUCUUAAUUUGAUGUAAAUAUCUCUGAAACAAGAGAAAAGGUUUUUGACUUUAGAGCAGCCCUAAACUAUGAAAGUGCAUAUACAGUUGCUUUGGUUUUGAAUUACAUCUAAUUAACAGAGGACAGCUGUUUUUUAACCUCUUCUGAAAGUUUAGUAAUCUGAAUGAUCUAGUAUGGAUAUUAAAAGUACUACAUGGAUCUAAGAAGAAAGUAGCUUUGUGGAGUUAUAAGUUCUCAUACACACAAAAACAAAUAUUUGGGGGAACAUCUUAGAGCAUGAAUAUAAAAAUCUUUUUAUUUCAGUAAUUUUUUCCUCUGUGUAAGUUACUAUGGUUUGUGUCAUUAUAGACUAUGGACAGCGUCAUUGUAGAAUAUUAAGUGUAAGUAGAUGCUCCCUACUUUUCAUGUGGAAGUGGACCAAUGUCUGUAAUGAGUGACAAAGUUAAUGAUUUCCCCCAGAGCCCCCAAAUACAUAUUUAAUAUUUAUUAAGUUUAGCAAAUUACCUUAUGUAAUUUGUACAGAGAGUAUUCUUAUUUCUGAUUCUAUGACAUGAAAAUUGCUACAUUGAUGAGGGUAAAUUGCUUUCUAUGUCUAACAGAAAAGAAGUAUAUAUUUGUGACUAGAAGUUGUGACUAGAUAAUUAAAUUUCCCUUUAAUUGCUCCUUAGGAUUUAAAAAUGAUUGUUGUUAUUUGUAUAAUCUGGGUUUACAAAGUUUUUAAAAAAUUUUCCAAGUUCAUACAAGAUUUUAAUAGAACACUGGAUUUGGAGUCAGGAGACGUUUGCAGUUUAGUUGUGUGCUAUGAGUGAUUCAUUUUAGUGUCUUGGUCUUAGUUUUCUCACUUGUAAAAUAUGAUGAAAUUUUAACUAAAUGAUCUAAAUGAUCACUUCCAAUGCUAACAUUCUGAGUUUUGGAGUAAUUUUAAAAUGACCUUAAUGGAUAUUGUAGGAAC